AUGUCAAAGGAUACGACUCCAAUCGGCCGAAACACUUCAACGAGACGUUCCGGUAAAUCAUCGGAAAGGUGUAGUUGUAGUGGCGAUGGGCCUCAUGGCAAGUACAAAGCGACAGCGCUGUGGAACAAUAUUGUUCGUCAUUUUCGCGAAGAGUUGCCUGUUAAGCGGCAUCGUCGCCAGUUAACUUACUUUGAAGACUCUUUUACUGGUAAAGAAGCUGUUGAUUUCCUCAUGGUACUUCUUCCAAGGCUUCUUUUCGAAGGCCGUCAGGUUGAUAGGCUGCGAUCGACACAUCAACGGAAAUCACCAGAUCAGUUCCAAUUCCUCAAAAUUGAAACCCCAGCAUCGAAUAGAGAUUUCGAUAGGAGAAUGUCAAGCUCUCACGGAAAUCUAUUGUCGUUACUACCAACUCACUCACAACUCACUCAUAAAGAAUCCGAUUCAGCUGACUCGUUGGCUGAGACUAUAGACAGCAGAAUAGUCGAAGUAAACUUUAGUUUACGACCAUCUCCGUUAAAACGAAACAAUACGCCUAAAAAUGUCCGAACCGGCUUUAAAGAGGAAGAAAGUGGUGCUAAAACGAAGGCAGUGAGUACGCAAAAUAUUACCCAUGUUGCCAGUUCUCUAACGAAAGAAAAUGAGGUUGUGGGCAAAGAAUCUGCAUAUGAAUGGCUAACCUUUGUACGCCGGAAGAUGUCACAAAGUAAUAAGCUUCCACUAACUCACCGUUCGUCGAAUCCUUACAAACAAGUGGAAGAGUCCGAAAGAUUGGGACAACACCGGAAACGGACUGGUGAUGGUAUGGUGAAGUCAGAAGUAUCAGAAUUACAGUACGCACCUCUGAAGGUAACUCAUCGACGCAUCACAGAGAUAGAUUCCUGGUUGGUAUGGAAGAACUGUCUUCUCGCAAGUCAUCUUCCUUUCAUAACAUGGGAAGUUCUCGGUCAAGAUGUGAAGUGGAAUUGUCAAAGAGUUGGCGUUAGUGGGAUUGUCAAACUACGUAGUGACCGAGAUGAUUUCUCGAGCUAUCUAAUGCGGUUAAUGCGAUAUCUAGAGCAGUUCCCCUUUCCAUCUGGGUCAGCUAAUAUUAUAACGUAUAAAGACAAUCAAGAAGUGAAUGUGUUCAGAACUGUCUGCUCUCAUCUGACACGUGAGCAGCCGAUACUAACAAAUGCUCAAGCUUCUGCUCUACUCCACGUCGUUUCUUUGUCUAACGCCGUUCUUAGGUCCGAUUUACCCCAUCAGCUUUUGCCUCGGCCACCAGAUCACAUACUAGAGGCUCUGUCGCUUCUACUACUCUCUUUACCUUCUCCUCGUCGUCGUAGACUUCAUUUCCUAAUUCGUUUCAUGAAUAAAAUCUCUGCAAAUCAUUGUCUACAGCUGGACGACGUGCACUCUAAUCGUUAUGUAGCUUUGAAAGGUCUCUCAGGAAGUAUAAUAUCCACCCAGGGAGCUUCUCCAUUGUCAACUUCACAAUGUUCACAUCUUGUUUCUCUACUGCUUGAUUACGAGAAGGAAGUCUUUAGUGUUCCAAAAGGUUUGAUCUUAGAAGUGGAUGCCACGAUUCGAGAACGGCAACGUGAUAAGGUAACCCCAAUAGGGCAAAGCCCUGAAUUGCGAUCGGAAAUGGCAGAUUAUGUACAGUUUUGUGAGCCUGCCAAGGGAAGUGAAUACGAGGAACAAAAUCUAAAUCUUGUUGACAAUCUUCUGGAACUUCUUGACCAAAUAUGCAUUGACGAAAAUCUGACGGUACAAGAGAGACGAAAACGACUGAAAAAAUUCAAGAAGACGUACCCGUCUGUUUACUCUCAGCGAUUCCCAUCACCAGAACUAAAUAUCCCAAAGAAGAAGGAGCGAGAAAAUCGAUUCCUAUUCAAGUUGUUUAGUCGGACGAUGAUAAUUCCUGGUAUUGGUUCACUUCAAACUGGAUUUCCGGUUGAAAAUGUCGGACUCGUUCGGAGACAUGUCGGAGACCUUGCUGGGACUAUUGACUUUCGAAAGAAACCGGCUGCUGAACUAUCGACAGCAGAACUUGAAACGAUCUACGAAGCGGCAAAAAGAAUAUAUAAAGAAGAGGAAGCAGUGCUACAAUUGUGCAAAAACUGCAUGGAGACUAUUAGGAUGAAGAAGAAUGUUGUCGACAAGCUUACAAAGUCGAUCUUCUAUCGAAUCUACCUCUACAUAUAUUCGCUGGUUCAGUGGUUGGUCGAUAACGUCGUCAUAUUCAUACGACGUUGUCAAGAUCUCUUCUACGCAGCUAUACGUUCUACCCAACGCUAUUCCUCUGACUUACAGUCUGAAACGCGUAACGGAGAAGUGGACGUGUCGUUCGUCCCCAACAGGCCGUGA